GCGCGAAGGAGGCACUUCAUGUUCUUAGUCGUGAGCAAGCAGCCUGGCCUUGUGCGGGCCUUGUGCGGUGCCUCGAGCCACAAAUAGUCUCUGCACUUACCGCGCUCCGAAGCUGGCCCCGGUCCAGCGCCUCCCCGAGCUCGAAAUACGCCGUGACACCGAAAUAGCGCGCGGCACGGAGCCGCUCUCGCAGAGACGCGGAGCUUUGCCAAAUACGUUGUAACAACGUCCGAAAAACACCUUCGAUUGAUGCGGGCGUUCGGAACGCUCCUAUCAUGCCAUGCUUGGAGCUAGUUGGUUGCACCGCGUUACUGUGACCACAACGAGUGCGAUGAGUUAAGCACGCUUUUGGCAUGCGAAAAAGAAGUAGUUCAAUGUGUUUCACUUUCCCGUCAGAAGCAGUAUACAGGACAAACCGCGAGAUGCGUAAACACGCUCCUGCAUGAACCUGAUUAUACCUGCAAGCAAAUCAGCCAUCCUGGAAGCAUAGAUGCACAUUGCAGUAAGCUCGAGUUCCAGCGAAAUUUUGAGCAUCAUUUCAGCAGGAAAAGUUAAAAGGAGAAAUUAUCGACGCCUGCAGAAAGCGGCAGAUUGGUGACGGCGUGAACGUUAGUGCACCAUCAAUUCAUAUUAAUUAAACGCUGGGGUUUUACGAGCCAGAACAACGAUAUUAUUAUGAGGGACGGCGAAGUGGGCGGAUUAAUUUUGACCACAUGGGGUUCUUGAACAUGCGCCCAAUGAAUGGUCACGGGCGUCUUUGCAUUACACUCUCAUAAAAAUGCGGUGCCCGCGGCCGGACUUUCAUCUCGUGAGCUCGUGGUUAGCAGCACAACAUCGAAGCCUCUAUGCCACCGCGGCAGGCAGUGCGCCAUCAAUUCGACUCGUGAAAUGAGGUUGCUUUCAUUCGGGGAAAACAAGGUUUCGCCAACACGCAUGAUGCCUUUCAAGCCCGUCGAGCAUGCCAAGUGCCCCAAGUGCGGCAAGUCCGUCUAUGCCGCCGAGGAGAUGCUGGCCGCCGGCAACAAGUGGCACAAGACCUGCUUCGUUUGCGGUCUUUGCCACAAGCGGCUGGAUAGCACCAACGCCAGCGAGCACGGGGGUGAGCUGUUUUGCAAGCAGUGCUACGGCCGCAAGUUCGGACCCAAGGGCUACGGCUUCGGCGGCGGUGCCGGCUGCCUGUCCAUGGACAAGGGCGAGCACCUCGGAAACACUGAGUGCUCCAUGAGCAACAAGCCACAUGACCCUACCUACGGCUAAAUGGACAGUUCUUAUGACUGAGCGACGAAAUCCAGUGAUGCACUUUUGUAGUUUUUUUUUCUUUUACUCCAUCAUCACACAUCUAACAACUAUCCGCGGAGUGCACGAUGCGAUCGCUUCAACCUACAGCACUUCGUGAACGCAACUCCCAAGAUAUCGCUUUUCAUUUAGCGAACACGACAAAAGAGAGCAAAAAAAAAAAAAAAAAGACACGGGAGAAAAGCGUACGUUUCCUGCAAUAAACGAAAUUUCGUGAGUGGCCGCUUAUGCCGCGCCAGAAAUUCGGAAGUCGCUUUUUUUUCCGUUCUUUUUUUUCCAUUUCUUCCUGUGGAAGCACCAACCAGUCACCUCUGAGUGGAUUGAACGAUUGGCGAAGGUUAUUCUUAGAAGCCAGAGUACGAGUCCUCUAUUUGGCGCAAGCAUAUAGUCCUACUACGUUUGUCGAGGAAAAUAUAAAGUUGUGCUUGAUUUCGCUUCACUGUGCUCAUUCCAUAAUGGAAACAAGCUGUGCUCUUUUUUUUUUCUUCUUUUUUUUGCUUUUGUACAUGUCAACUUGUGUUUCGCGCUUCUCACAUAAGCCCGAAGGUGUAAGCGAAGAUCUAGUGUGAAAACAGCUUCGCUAAGGGCUCAAAUAGUGUCUUCGCUCCAAGAUAGAAACGCGGGCCAUAAAGUGGAGCAGCGCUGUAGAAUCCGCGGUGCGACGGCCUGUCUGGCACUUAACGUGCCGCAAACAAAUGUUCCCUUUCGCACUUCCCUAUUGCUACAAGAACGCUAAUGAAAAUUGCUCCUUCAGGCGUGAGGCGCGUUGUUACGUUUAGUCUUGGUAUUAAAGCAGUAUCGGAGGUAGUUUUCUGUCAAAUUGAAUUUCACCUGGAAUAAAGAUUCGUACGAUGUAUGAAUUGAAA